AACGCAUGUGCUUGUAAAUUGAUCACAUAAUCUAAAACUUUUAGUGACUUAGUGGCUGGUAUUUCUAAUAAUAAGAAUGGCUAAGAGAAAUCAACUGAAACGCCUGCAAUCGCAACGGUCCGCACAGUUAAAACGUAUGAUUAAACCCACGGAUAACCGAUUAAAAGCGGAAGAUCGUUUGGCUCCGAAGAAAAAGAAAAAAGCCUCUGAUACGGAACUAAAAGUCAUGGAGAAACCGCAAGUCAGUUCGGCAAUGUUUUUCCAAUAUAACACACAACUGGGACCGCCUUACCACAUACUAGUCGAUACGAAUUUCAUAAACUUUAGCAUCAAAAACAAACUGGACAUCAUAAAAACCAUGAUGGAUUGCCUGUACGCCAAGUGUAUUCCGUACGUUACGGAUUGCGUGGUCGGUGAGCUGGAAAAGCUGGGGCCCAAGUACAAGCUAGCGUUGAGGAUUAUCAAAGAUCCGCGCUUCGAACGUAUCAACUGUAUGCAUCGCGGGACGUACGCUGACGACUGCCUGGUGCAGCGGGUAACACAGCACAAGUGCUACAUUGUCGCCACCAACGAUAAGGACCUGAAGCGAAGAAUCCGAAAGAUUCCAGGUGUUCCGAUAAUGAACGUUGCACUCAAUCGGUAUGUUAUCGAGCGUAUGCCGGACGCGUUCGAACCGAUGGCAAAGAAAUAA